UUUGAAGUUUUUCGAGCUUUAUUUCCUACUUCAGCUGGUCAAGAGUUGAUGCCAGACCUCAGUUCUGAUUCUAGAAUUUGUUUUGCACUUUUCUUCAAAAAUAUGCACGUGAUCAAGCGAGAUGGACGCCAGGAGCGUGUUAUGUUUGAUAAAAUCACCUCACGUAUUCAGAAGCUCUGCUAUGGACUUAAUGCUGAAUUUGUUGAUCCUACUCAGAUCACCAUGAAGGUUAUCCAGGGCCUGUACAGCGGUGUGACUACUGUUGAGCUGGACACACUAGCUGCAGAGACUGCAGCCACUCUCACCACCAAACACCCUGACUAUGCCAUCCUGGCAGCCCGCAUUGCAGUCUCCAACCUGCACAAGGAGACCAAAAAGGUCUUCAGUGAUGUUAUGGAGGACCUUUAUAACUAUGUUAAUCCAUUGAAUAAAUGGCACUCACCUAUGAUCUCCAAAGAGACCCUUGACGUAGUCUUGGAAAAUAAGGAUCGCCUCAAUUCAGCCAUCAUCUAUGACAGGGAUUUCUCGUACAAUUUCUUUGGCUUCAAGACUUUGGAACGGUCAUAUUUGCUUAAGAUAAAUGGAAAAGUCGCAGAGAGGCCUCAGCACAUGCUAAUGAGAGUAGCAGUUGGGAUCCAUAAGGAGGAUAUUGCUGCUGCCAUUGAGACCUACAACCUGCUAUCUGAGAAGUGGUUCACUCAUGCCUCACCUACGCUCUUUAAUGCCGGUACCAACAGGCCUCAGCUCUCCAGCUGUUUUUUGCUGGCUAUGCGUGAUGACAGCAUUGAAGGGAUCUAUGACACACUGAAACAAUGUGCCCUUAUCUCAAAAUCUGCUGGAGGCAUCGGUGUGGCAGUGAGCUGCAUUAGAGCCACGGGCAGUUACAUUGCAGGAACAAAUGGCAAUUCAAAUGGACUGGUUCCUAUGCUCCGUGUGUACAACAACACAGCACGCUAUGUUGACCAGGGAGGAAACAAGAGGCCUGGAGCGUUCGCCAUGUACCUGGAGCCCUGGCACUUUGACAUCUUUGACUUCCUGGAGCUGAAGAAGAACACUGGUAAAGAAGAGCAGAGGGCCAGAGAUCUGUUCUAUGCCCUCUGGAUCCCUGACCUCUUCAUGAAGAGAGUGGAGACCAAUGCGGACUGGUCUCUCAUGUGUCCAAAUGACUGUCCCGGGUUAAAUGAAUGCUGGGGAGAAGAGUUUGAAAAACUGUACACGAGGUAUGAGCAGGAUGGCAGGGCGAAGCGAGUGGUGAAGGCCCAGCAGUUGUGGUACACCAUCAUUGAGUCUCAGACAGAGACUGGCACUCCCUACAUGCUCUAUAAAGAUGCCUGCAAUCGGAAGAGCAACCAGCAGAAUCUGGGCACCAUCAAAUGUAGCAACCUUUGCACAGAAGUCAUAGAGUAUACCAGCAAAGAUGAGGUGGCUGUGUGCAACCUUGCAUCCAUUGCUCUCAACAUGUACGUCACACCUGAGAGAACCUAUGAUUUCCAAAAAUUGGCAUCUGUCACAAAGGUUAUUGUUAGGAACUUGAACAAAAUCAUUGACAUAAAUUUUUACCCUGUCCCAGAGGCAGAGAAAUCUAACAAGCGUCACAGGCCCAUUGGCAUAGGAGUACAGGGUCUGGCUGAUGCUUUUAUCCUCAUGCGUUUCCCCUUUGAAAGUGCAGAAGCUCAGCUGCUCAACACGCAAAUCUUUGAAACAAUCUACUAUGCUGCCAUGGAAUCCAGCUGUGAGCUGGCUGCUGAGCAUGGCCCAUAUGAGACCUACGUUGGCUCUCCUGUCAGCAAGGGUAUCCUGCAAUAUGACAUGUGGGACAGGACCCCAACAGACUUAUGCGACUGGAAGGCCCUGAAGCAGAAGAUUGCCAAGCACGGCGUGCGCAACAGUCUGCUGAUAGCCCCCAUGCCCACUGCCUCCACAGCGCAGAUUCUGGGUAACAAUGAGUCCAUAGAGCCUUACACAAGCAACAUCUACACGCGCAGGGUACUGUCUGGAGAGUUUCAGAUUGUGAAUCCUCACUUGCUGAAAGACCUCACAGAACGAGGACUGUGGAACGAAGACAUGAAAAAUCAGCUGAUUGCUCAUAAUGGAUCGAUCCAGGGUAUCCCCACAAUCCCAGAUGACCUGAAGGAGUUGUAUAAGACUGUAUGGGAGAUCUCCCAGAAGGUGGUUAUUAAGAUGGCUGCUGACAGAGGAGCUUUCAUUGACCAGAGCCAGUCCCUCAAUAUCCACAUUGCUGAGCCCAACUAUGGCAAGCUCACCAGCAUGCACUUUUAUGGUUGGAAGCAGGGCCUCAAGACUGGCAUGUACUACCUGCGGACAAAGCCAGCAGCCAACCCUAUCCAGUUCACCCUCAACAAAGAGAAACUGAAGGAGAAGCAAGACACCAAGAGCAGAGAGGAGACCAAGGAGCGGAACAAAGCUGCAAUGGUGUGCUCUCUGGAUAAUCGUGAUGAGUGUCUGAUGUGUGGCUCAUAAAAUUGUCUGUUUAUAAUUAUAUCUAAAAUCUUCAUAAUUA